CGCUGAUUCAAAGCUACCUGUAGGAGCACAACUAUAUACCUUUUUACGGGGAGCUAAGAUUUAGAUGCUAAAUACCCAGUAAUACCAUUUCUGCAUAUAUGGCUUCUAGUAAAUCUUCACCACCAGGUUUUGUGUUCUCUAUACUAAUUAUCAUCUCUUUCUUCAACUUCAUUACAUGCAACAAUCAACAUAUCCUUAGCAGCUGCAAUUUCGAUGCCAUAUAUCAGCUCGGGGAUUCCAUAGCAGAUACGGGUAACGAUGUGCAAGAUAACCCUUCGUCAAAAUUUGCAAGGUUACCAUAUGGAGAAACCUUCAAGAAAGCAACUGGGAGAUGCUCCGAUGGUUUGUUGAUGAUUGAUUAUAUAGCACUAUCUGCUGGAAUUCCUUUUCUUGAUCCUUACUUAAACAAAGAUGGAUUAUUUGAUUAUGGGCUUAAUUUCGCCUUUGCCGGAGCUACUGCCAUGUCUGCAGAAGAUUUAGCCAAGUGGAAUGUUUCCUUUGUGCCUACCAGCAUAUCUUUAAGUAGACAACUUGACUGGAUGUUUAGCAAUUUCAAUACAACUUGUCAUGGUAACAAAGAUUGCUUCAAGAAAAAUGGAAAAGCUCUUUUCAUGGUUGGGGAGAUAGGAGGAAAUGACUAUAACUAUGCCUUUUGGCAAGGAAAAACCAUAGAAGAGGUUAAGACCAUGGUGCCCGAGGUAGUUGAAACCAUUAAACAAGCUACCAAAAGAGUUAUCGGAUAUGGUGCUACUCGGUUAGUUGUUCCUGGAAACUUCCCCAUAGGCUGCUUUCCUGUAUAUCUCACCAAAUACCAAACAAAUGAUGCUACUGCUUAUGAUGAACUUCAUUGUUUAAAGGAGUUGAAUAAUUUUUCAAUCUAUCAUAAUGAUCUUCUUCAACAAGCUAUUGCUGAGCUAAAAGAAGAACAUCCAGAUGAAACCGUUGUCUACGGCGACUACUACAAUGCAUUCCUGUGGCUUUUGAGCAAAGCUGAUCUGCUUGGUUUUGAUCCAACAUCAUUGCAAAAAGCUUGCUGCGGAAUUGGGGGAGACUAUAAUUCUGGCUUAUCAAGUUGGUGCGGAGGUCCAAAAGUACCGGUAUGCGAAAACCCUAAUGAACGGCUUAGUUGGGAUGGAGCUCAUUUGACACAAAGAGCAUAUGAGUUAAUGGCAACAUGGCUUGUACGUGGCAUCUAUCCGAAACUUCAAUGUGAAUACAUUGUUUCAUGUAGUUCUGCUGGCUAGUUCCUGUAAGAACUAGUGGGACUGUUUAUGUUUCGAACUUUCUGUCAUCGACACACUCAUCUUUUGGUCGGUCACGAUUUGAUUUUGUUCUGUUUCCUCUCUUCUGUCCUUGUAUCAUUAUUUUCUACAAUCCAAUACGGAAUAUAAGAUGUAUUUUCAACAAUUCAAAGUAUAACCUAAAGUUUUCCA